UCGCUUGGAGUGGAUAUACCGGGAAUGGGAUCUUCAGCGAGAGCUAAGAAAAACUUUCAAUUUUUCCGCGUUUAUGCCCUUCAGAGACUCCUCUUUAUCUUGCGGGAAUAGUUGGGAGCAAACAAAGACAAGACAUUAUAUUCCAAUGUGAAGAAUCGUAGUAUAGUUGUGAGUGUAAGAAGUUUCCUGAAAAGAAAUACGAAUGGGAUAAAUUCUGUAAACAAGAUUACAUAGCCUAAAAGGAAUUUUAAUAUUCGGAACCUUUCCCUAAAUCAAUUUGACAGAUUUUCCAAAUUAGCCUAAAUAAAUAAAUUUAAACAAUUUCAAAUAAUUAUUUUUUUCCUUUUUUUAAAGCAAAACAAACAACCUUGCACUGAACAGCCUGAACCUGAACGGCGCGUUAAAGUGUUGUUAAUUUUGGCAAAAAUCAAUUAAAGGGCCAUAGUCAGUGAUAUUGUAGAAGCCGAUUAUUCCUAAAGGAGUUGAGCGUGUGUAUGGAGAGAGGCGCGGACACCUGUGCGUAUUCACCAUGGCGAAGUGGUUUAAAGAUUUCCCAACUAGUUUGAAGACUGGAUCCGACCGCAUCCGUUCUGCUUCGGAAUCGGGAACUCAGUCCCGUCCCAAACCGGUUCUGACUAUCGGUACUGGUUCGAAGGGGAGUCUGCGUAAAAAUGCUGGAGCGGAAAACGGUGGCAGUGGUGGAGGUGGUGUGGGUUCGCUUCUUCACGGGAGAAAUCGUAAAAAUUCGGCCAUCGAGCUGGGACGGAACCACUCCAGCACCGGCUCACUAAAAGACGGGAAGAUAUGGGAAAUUCUGAUCCCUGGGAAAAGUAAGAAACACACCAAAAUGGAGGGAUUUGAAGACCAUCGCACCUUGCGGACCACCAGUCUUGCUGACGCGUACAUGAGCAGAAUGAUCAAGGUUAAUGAUCCAAAAUCCAGUGCAGGAGGAUCAUCUCCAGACAGCGAGAGGGCCAAGUCACCAAUCAGAACAGAAACGUCCCUGGUGAAGGCAGUAGUUCUGAUCCCGCAUGUAAAUUUGUGCCUUUACACAGAGAUUCGCCGACGAGGCUCGAAGGACUUGUUGAAAGUGUGUGUGGUGUUGAAUGGAGGAGAAAGCGAAGGCUCUGGACCCCCUCAGAUCUAUGAUGUCCCAUAUGAGGAGGUUCUGGAGGGAAUCCCCUUGACCCGACCUGAGUCUGACCCCAGACCACCGGCUGAGUAUGAGCUGCCCUGGGAGUGGAAGAAGGAACAGAUUGUUAGAGCGCUGUCAGCUCAGUUUGAUGGAAUAGACCGCAUGUCGAAGGAAGAAUCAGGUUCUCCUACUGUAAAACAGCAGACACUGAAACAUAAGAGCUGGACCCCUAAAACUCUUCGACCGAAUCCCCCGUCCCCGACUUCCCCUUCAUCUCCCAGCACCACCCCAGACAGUGAGACACCAAUAGUUGAUCCCACCCUGCCCUUGGAGAAACAGAGCUGGUAUCAUGGCAGUGUGAGUCGUCAGGAGGCGGAGUCUCAGCUGCAGCACUGUAGGGAGGCCAGCUUCCUGGUGCGAGACAGCGAAUCAGCUACCAGCAAAUACUCCAUCGCCCUCAAGACAAGUCAAGGAUGCGUGCACAUCAUCGUAGCGCAGACUAAAGAGUGCGGCUACACACUGGAAAAGAGCAGCUGUGUGUUUCCAAGCAUCCCAGAAGUGGUGCACCACUACUGUACCCAGCGCCUACCUUUCACCGGGGCAGAACACAUGACCCUGCAGCACCCCGUGCCACGCACACACUAAACACACACACAAACACAUACUGAACUUAUACAUAUUCACAGCGUUCUCUGGUGCAAAGAUGUGAAUGUACAAUACCAUGGAGCCUGCCAAUCACAUGCCAGCAAAGCACAGCUUAAAACUCUUUGUCUAACUGUAUGUAUGUAGAUGUGCGCAUGGAAAGGAGUAAGUGAACAAGUGGAACUUGUGUUUUCGCUUCUUUGAAAACUCACUUUUUUUUUGCUCACAUACGACACUAGAAAGGCCAAAGGAGGAAAUGUAUUUCAAUGAAACUGUAGUUUAAACGCAACAGUUUACGUAAUGCGUAUCUGUUGCAUACUUUUGUUUGUUAUUUCCUCAUCCCUUGUUUGAGUGCGCUGGAGCUGCGGCCUCAUAAAUUCAUUCCCAAUCAUUUUACUGAUCUAAUUUUGUGCCUGAAGGAGUGACUUGCUUCUAAACUCCUCCUGCUGGCAGCAGCGGUAAACUGCAACAGUAUCAUUCCAUUGUGUUACUCUCCCUGAAGAGACACACAUUUUACUCCCUUAAACAAAGCAUUGAAGUGGCCAAAAUCUGCACAGUUGAUAUUUUUAGGAUCCGUAGUGUAGAUUUAGUUUUGAAUUAUAGCUGAAUUCUCAUAUUAUUUUUUCUUCUGAAAAAAAAAAACACUUUACCACACAUUGGCAGUUCCUGUAUAGCUGAGGUUAGAUCGUUAGUUCGGAUCAAUACAGCAAAUUGAAGCUAGCUCGUUCAUCAGAUAAAUGAGUCAUUGCCGUUGAUUGGCUAAUAUUCUUGUCUGUACGUGAUAAAACUUUCUAUUGAUUGGUUUGAGUUUGGGAAUAGUGGGAUGUCGAAUGGAUUUACUGACCGUGCAGUCAUACUUGGAUUCAUGGCGUACCGAAUGUAGCAUCACUGUCUUGGUGAUGGGAAGUUACAUUUAUCUGUCUUUUUGUUUAAAGGUAACAGGUUCCAUUUUAAUCUUAAAGGAUGUUAAAAUUGAUUCUUGUUUAAUCUAUAUGAGAGAAAUGUGAUGGGAAAAACACGUUCACUGAAGAUUUUGCCUUUGUACAAUGUAAGACUGUGCAAAGCCUGAAAUAAAGCAGAUUGUGCUAAA